AUGACCACUCCAGUUCGGACAGCUACCAUUGCCGGCCCCUCAGUGACCGACAGCCCUGGUACCUGGCGUCACCCGCGACUCAACGAGAUUACUAGACGUCGUAAUGCGACGACAUUUUCAGAGAAGAACGUGCGCCAAAUCGCCUACAAUGUUAUUGCGCUGCUAGGAUUCUGGUCUGCGCAGCUCCUAGCCAAACUCAACAUUGGGUCUCAAGCUGUUCCCAGUUCUUUUAGAGUAUACUUGGGCUGGGCUUGGUUUAUUCUUCAACUUAUCCCUUUCAUCAACAUUGGCAUUGCCUGUCUGCCUUUGAUUCGACCGAAAGACGAUCUAUCCGACAUCCCUCUCACAUCUGCUCAGCGCCAACUGCUGGGCCUAGAUCCUUCGUCGACCGCGCCAACUCCUGACACCAAGUUCAGUACCCCCCCUCGAUACUCUCGCACGCCUUCCAUCGGCGGUUCAGUCGGAAGCCGUGGAAGUUACAACAGCUCGCCUCUCUCUGGUCGAGGUAGCCCCCUUGUUCAAGGAUCUCCAUUGGGUAGCCCUCUUUUCCAGAAGAGCACCAACAGCUUCGGUAGCAGCUUCGGCAACAGUUUCAACGGCAGAAGAUCUUCUUUCGGGUCAACAAGUCCUUUCGCUGCUAGUUCUUCUUCCAAUGUCUUCUCUGACCCUACUUCUCCCAGUACCCCGGGUGGUAAGCGAACAAGCGUUGGACUGAACAGCAAGUGGUUGUAUGAGAAGGGAAGACGGCCGUCUGGCAGCGCUUGGGGCAAAUAA